UUCAUCCUCCUGCUCUCUCUGUACCACUCUCCUGUCACUCUUACUCUAUUCUCCAAUGGGUUCUCGCAGUCAAGGCAGCUUUUUCCACCAUCACCACCACCACCACCACAGCUCGGUGGUGCCUACGGCCGUGCCAAGGCUUCUCACAGAGAACAGCAGUCUGCUAGGGGGCAUCGCCCAGAUCACCCCCAACCUCUUCCUGAGCCGGGGCAAUGUGGCGUCCAACCGCAGCCUACUGCUGUCCAAGGGCAUCACCUGCGUGGUCAACGCCACUAUCGAGCUGCCCAACUUCAACUGGCCCCACGUGGAGUAUGUAAAGGUACCCCUGGCGGACAUGCCCCACUCCCCCCUCUCCCUGUACUUUGACAGCAUAGCUGAUAAGAUCCACAGUGUGGGGAGAAAGCGGGGGGCCGUGCUGGUGCAUUGUGCUGCAGGGGUGAGCCGCUCAGCCUCCCUGUGCCUGGCCUACCUGAUGAAGUACCACCGUGUGUCUCUGGCCGAGGCCCACGCUUGGGUCAAGUCCCGCCGGCCAGUCAUCCGGCCCAACGGGGGCUUCUGGCGUCAGCUCAUCGACUACGAGAGGAAGCUGUUUGGCAGGAACUCUGUGAAAAUGGUACAGACACCCUACGGGCUGAUACCUGACGUCUACGAGCGGGAGCGCAGGAAUCUGGCACCCUACUGGGGCCUGUAGAGGAGGGCUGGGGCCUCGCCAAUGGGAGGGAAGGAGACGGAGAUUAGAGUGAGCAGGGCGGAUGACCGACUCUGUUGCAUUCCAGUCC